AUGCGCACUGCCGCAGCGCGGCGCGGCACGGGCGCGCAGGGAGCACAUCGGAGGAGGAGCUCUGCGCGAUAUCAGAUGUUCGAUGUGGUGGCGCGGCCCCUGCAAGACCUCCGCAAGUUGCAAAGCUUGCGGCGGCGAUCCUUGGUGAGGCCCGAAGCCCCCGAAGCCUCCGAAGCCUCCGAAGCCGCCUCUUGUGCCACUUCGCGCCGCACCACGGAGGUGGGUGCAACCCCUGGCCAUCCGGCUGGCCCUCCGGCGCGGCAGAUGACGGUGAACAUCGACAAAUUGUCGAAGGAAUUAGCGAAGCGCUGGACCAACGUGACAUCGCAGGAGGUCGAACAUCGUCGGAUGGAGAUGGAAAAACUCAAAGAGGAAGACGGCGACGUAAACCUGGACUCCUUCUUCGAGUACGACGUCAUGCGUACCGCCAGCAAUCACUCUGAGGGACACGGAGGACAUACUGCGGUUCCCGGGUCCCAGGUAGAUCAGAGGAUGGCCUCACGACGGCGAAGCAAAGGUGCUCAGAUGUCCGAGGCUGCCGCGGCCGCGCAGCUCAAGGUGCAGAAGCACCUGGCGCAGCUGAGGAAUUGGCACAGCACGGGCCGAGCGCCCACAAGCCCCGUACCCUUGCCAGUGCUGGUUCCCAAAGAGGCUUCAAAGGUCACAGAGUCCAAAGCCAAGGAGCUUCGAAAGGAGAAAUCUCUCCGUUCUGGUGCCGCUAAAGAAGAUGGACAAGAGAUGCCGAUGUCAGCUGUGAAUUCGGCGGACCAGUACAUGAAAGGAGGUUUCAAGGAUGCCGAUCUGAACCGUCUCUUAGAGCAGAUCUCCCAGACCGACACCUUCCCCGAAGGUGGUGAAGACUUCGUUUGGGCACCUCCAAGGGCAGCACCUCGCAAGGCGGCGAAACGCCGAAACGCGGUUUGUUGA